AUGCUCAGCAGCGAUCCUGUCAUGUCGAGGGUCGUCAAAUGCAUGCAAGGAGCUCACUGGAUUGCGCGGAACGAUGCACCUAUCGCGCUCUACCCCAUGCUGGUGCGGUUCAUGGCGGAGCAAGGUUGCCCCGACAUGAUGACCGACGAAUCAUACGCCUUCGACGAGUUCGUAGAGGCUAUGGCGGAGCAUCUGGUGGCCAAGCAGCUCGUGGACAUCAAAGAGUCGGCCUGGUACAGCCUCUCCUUCGAUGAAUCCACAGAUCGCGCCCGUGGAAAGCAUCUCAUCGUGUAUGUCACGUUUGAGAGAGGCGAGGCCGUGGUGUCCCAGUUUCUUGCUCUCCUGUCGCUCGAACGUUGCGACGCCGCAGCACUGCACGACACGAUCGUGAAGUGUUUGUGGUCGAAGGACAUGUCGCUGGACAAGCUUGUCGGGGUGUCAACGGAUGGUGCAUCCGUGAUGACUGGCGCGAAGAACGGCGUUGUCGCCAUGCUUCGGAAACGUUGCCCGUGGCUGGUGGCGAUUCACUGCGUGGCGCAUCGCGAGGCAUUGGCUGCCAAGGAUGCCGCGAAGAGCUUCAAGGAGUUCAACGUCGUCGAUCAGAUGAUACGCCAGACUGCAGAGCGUCUCGGGCGUUCAUCGACCGAUCACAAGACCUACAUGCAUCUCCAGGAUGUCAUUCUGAAGACGCACCUGGAGGUGCAAGGCUUCUGCACCGUCCGUUGGUUGUCUCGCGGGGAUGCUGUGAGUCGCUUCUGUGACGUGCUGCCGGUGCUGAUGUGGAUGUGGACGAAGGAGAAGGGCGAGACGGAGAAACUCGCUACCAGCUUCAAGUUCCACUAUAUGCUGUAUCUCCUGGCUGACGUCGACAUCACAGAGAUGAAGAAUCAUGUCGACAAGGUGAAGACCAAGCUGUCGCAGUACUACGUCGAGCCCGGCGCAUCCAACGGGCCGAGCACCUCUCGCCUGAACAAGUUCCUUGCUGCACACGGCAGCAAGGACAAGCGCAAGAUGGAGCUCAAGGGAGUGGACGAGAACGGCAAGCCUGCAAAAGCCGAGAUCGAGCUUCACGAGGACAUCAUCGACCCUGAAAACCCUGGGGGGGGAUGCGACUUGGAGGCCUGCGUGGACCUGGCAAGGCUUUUCGCUCAGCGCCUGAUUAAGGCGCUGGAGAAGAGGAUGGCGGACCUGCGUCAUUUCGAUGGUGUUGGUUUUUUCUCCCCUGAUAAGUAUCCCGACCGUGCAGGAGAGCAGGACGCGUGGGUGAAGCUCCAUCUCUCCGAGCUCCUUGACAUGUUCAAGAACAAGCUACCUGGUAAGUCGAGAGGGAUAGAGUAG